AUGACAGAUAUAUUGAAUAGAGGUGCUAAGCUAUUUGAUGAUAAAAACGAACCAGCUUACAAUCAUGCUACUGAUCAACAAUAUAAACAAUUAAGAUCAAAAGCAGAUGAAUUAUAUAAAAAAAGAAAUCAAUUAAGUCAACAAUCUCAACAAGCUUAUAAACAAGGAGAUAAACAAAAAGCUCAUGAAUUAAGUGAAGAAUCCAAAAAAGCAACACAAGAAGCUGAAUCAUAUAGUGAAAAAGCUGCUGAAUAUGUAUUUCGUGAAAAUAAUACAGAUUCAGCUUCAGAUGAAAUAGAUUUACAUGGAUUAUAUGUAAAAGAAGCUGAAUGGAUUGUUAAAAAGAGGAUAAAUUCAUGUAUACAAACUAAUCAAUCACAUUUAAAAGUUAUUGUGGGAAAAGGUUUACAUUCUUCAAAUGGUAUAUCAAAAUUAAAACCUGCUAUAGAUCAAUUAUGUGAGGAAAGUAAUUUAAAACAUUAUAUUGAUCCUAAAAAUAAUGGAGUAUUAAUUAUUGAUUUUCAAAAUUCUGAAAAUUCACAAGUUCCCAGUCAUUGGAAUAAUCCUGGAAUUUCACAACCACAACAAGCUUAUCAUGGUAAUAAUCAACCACAAUAUCAACAACAUCAAAACUAUAAUCAAAACAAUCAUUAUCAACAACAGCAACAUCAUAACAAUAACAAUAACCAGAAUAUUAAGACGGGAAAUCAAUUUCUUGAUUUGCUUAUUAAAGGUGUUUGCAUGUGUAUGAAUAGUAAAUAG